GAGAGAUCAGAGCUGAACUGGUUUCAGUUGAAAAGUUGGAGGGGAGAAAAUGCCAGACUUUUCUGAGGAAGGGCUGGACCACUACCUACUGAAUCAAGUGGACCUGCGGCACCGUACAGUCAGCAGGCGUGUUGAGGAGGUUCUGACGGUGCUCAGAGAUCUGACCACUGAGGUCAGCAAGAAAGACGGACGCUUCCAGUCCAUCGCCCACGCUGGAGUCAACAACGAGAACAUCAAGGACCAGCCUGCCAUGGUGUCUAAAUGGGCAGCCCUCCUGAGAGGCAGAUGUUCCUUCAACCCAGCCAUCCAGGUCCUGACUUCCAGCCUGGUUUUGGUCAGUGUUCCGGUGAGGGGGUUGAUUGGAUAUCAUCAGCAUGUGGCUCGUCAGUGGAGGUACUAUUCUCUGACUGGCUCCAUUCUCCCCACUCCUGUCCGCGAGCCAGAGAAACUCCACCAAUGGCUGGAGCUGGAGAGCUUCACAAGCCCCGCCCAGGACUGGCAGGAUGCCAAAGUGUGUGUUGAGGGAGACAUUGUACCGGCCAAGGUGGUCAGUCUCUUCAGAGAACAACUAGAGACCGCCAUACUGACCUGCAGCUUCAGUGGUAAGGUCAGCAUCUUGGAGUCUGUGGGUUCGGUAGUGCGUGUUGCCAUAGAGACGGUGGAGGGUGUGAUGGAGGCAGAACUUGUUCCCACUGUGGAGCUGAUCAACUAUUGGCCGAAGAAGGCCCGCUGGCCCCGCCUUCUGCAGCGCUGGCCAACCACAGAGAGAGCUCGCUGCAUCAAGUCGUUUGGGUUUAACCUCAUGGCAACGUCUAAUUACCACUGGCUGUUGUCGUUCUCACGGGCGGAGCAGGCAUUGCUAGUGGCCGUUGAUGAGGACGGUGGUUGCCGUAGGAAGUGUUACCGUGUUGUCAGACAGCUGAAGGAGGACACUUGGUGUCCCGGCACCAAGCCUGUCAUCACAGCCUUCCACCUGCAGACUCUGUUGUUCUGGUGCUGUGAGAAGUUUCCAUGUGGGCGUGACUGGCGCUGUGUAAAGGAGUGUGUGCUGCGUGUAGCCAGGAAGCUGUUGAAGUGUGUGAGCCAGCGCUACCUGAGACACUACUUUGUCCGCUCCUACAACCUGCUGAAAUAUAGUAACACCACAGAGUUAGACCACACAGCCCAGAAGAUCAAUGACUUUAUAGCCAACCCCAGCCUCUAUGUCCACUAAACACUGAUUAUUAACACCAAUUAUAGCAUGAUGUUUUUAUUGCUACUAUUCUUGUCUAUCCUAAUGUUGCAAACAUAAAAUGAAUACAAGGUUGUGUUCAGUUGGGCACAGCCUACCAAAACAUUUGUAGCAGUAGUUUUUUACUUAGUCAAAUUCCUGUACAUGCAAAUGUCUUUGGUGAAUAAAGAUGAUUCUGAUUCACAGCAUAGUAAAACAUUUUACAUCAGGUAAUGAACAUCCUUAUUGAACAAGUCAAAUGUUUUUUUUAAAAUUCUGUACCUAAAUAAAGUAGUUUUCUUAUA